AUGAAUAAUCAACGCCCAAAUGAACACCUUACAUCCUCUCCGCCUUUUCGAGGCUUUACGCCGACAUCAGAAGUGGGAUCUGGAUCUGUUAACCCACAAGGAGCAAGUGAGGAUAACGAAGAAAAGUGGCGAUUACUUCUUGAACAACAGAAUCGUAAUUUUCUCGCGUUAUUACAAGUGAUGAAAACUCCUUCAGUGAAUAAUACUAAUAACGUGCGUCUACCGGAGUUUGAUCCUGAUAAACUGGAAGUGAACGCGAAAUCAUGGAUAACAACAGCGGAUAUUUGUAUGGCUGAUCAACCAUUGCAAGGUGCAUCCUUAAUGAUUGUGCUGAGUCGUGCCAUGAGGGGACAGGCUUCGGCAUGGCUGUCGCAAGUAUCAUAUGCCGGGAUAACGUGGAAUGAAUUUAAAGAAUUGUUUGUAUCAAGGUAUGAUUGUCCGAAAACUUCUGCUGCAUUCUUGAUAAAUUUAUCCAGCAGUAAACCUAAAGAAGGUGAGUGUAUAGCGUCAUAUGCUGCAUCAUUGAUGAAUUCAUUGAUGAAUCAGUGGAAAAACUUGACCACUGAAGAGAUAACAUUAUCAACAACAAUGGCGCAUAUUGCACGUUUUGAAUCACGUGUUCAACGUCUUGCUUUCACUACUGAUAUUGUCACAAGAAAUCAACUCCAUAAUGAGUUGAAAGCUAUGUCAUUUUUCAAACGAAGAUCUUCAGAUAGUCUAAAUGAACGAAAUGAGGGAUCCGAGUUCAAACGAUAUAAGUUUACGCCUUCAUCUUCUGCAAUUAAAUGUUUUCUAUGCGGAAAAAUGGGUCACAGAGCAUCAACGUGUCGGUCAAGGAAGGAAAAUCAUGAAAAGGAGAGACAAAUUGGUAUUCAAAAGGAAUUGUGGAAGAAAAAUUCUCCAGUUCGAUCUUCAGAUUCCAUAAAGAGUUUCAAAUGUCAGAAGAUGGGUCAUUAUGCUUUGCGCUGUCACGAGAAAGCUGCAAAGAAAGGAUUGAAAACCGGUGCGGAAAUCUUAAGUCAGGGUUUGUCUGUACUAAUGACAGUUGACACAUUGAAGUUAACCAAAACACAUGUUGUUAAUAUGUGUAAUGUAACGGUUCAUGAGUUCGACCAUGACAGUGUGGACACCGAUAUUCCCUUGGAAUUUAAAUCAAAAUUAGUGUCCAUUUUGAACAAAUUCAAGAAUCACUUUGUGUAUGGUACUCCAAAAGGUGGUGCGGAUGUUGAACCCGUAAAAAUCCGCCUCAAAGAUCCAAAUAAAACAGUUUAUCGUCGCCCAUACCGGUUGAGUGAAGUAGAACGAAAAAUUGUUCGUGACAAAAUAAACGAACUUUUAAACGCUAAAGUGAUUCGUCCCAGCUCUUUUCCUUUCGCAAGUCCUAUUCUUCUUGUCAAGAAAAAGGAUGGUUCAGACAGAAUGUGCAUCGAUUACAGGGAGUUGAAUGACAACACCGUUCCCGAAAGAUUUCCGUUGCCCCUAAUUUCUGAUCAAAUUAACAGACUCCAUAGAUGUUAUUAUUUUACGGUCCUAGACAUGGCCAGUGGAUAUCAUCAGCUGCUGAUACAUCCUGAUUCAAUAGAAAACACAGCAUUUAUAAACACAGAAGGACAUUUUGAGUAUCUCGCUUUACCUUUCGGUCUUCGUAACGCUCCUGCGGCUUUCCAACGUGCAGUGAUAACAGCUCUGGGUGAACUUGCUAACACGUAUGUGGUAGUCUACAUGGAUGAUAUUCUUGUUGUCGGAACUCAAGAUGUAGAAGAAUCUUUAAACCGAGUGGAGAACAUUUUAAACACACUCACAAAGGCAGGGUUCUCUUUGAACAUCAAGAAGUGUUCCUUCAUGAAACAAAAGGUGAAAUAUCUUGGCUAUGAAGUAAGUCGAGGUGAAUUUAGGCCGAAUCCUCGGAAGAUCGAGGCCCUGGUAGCUCUACCUUCUGCACAAACCGUAUCCCAGUUACGUCAAUUCAUAGGAUUGGCGUCUUAUUUUCGUCAAUUUCUGCCUAAGUUCUCCCAAAUAUUGGCGCCACUUUUUGCCCUAACAAGUUCUGCAAAGAAAAAUCUCAAUUGGAAACCUGAUCACGAGGCUAUACGACAGAAAAUCAUCACUUUUUUGACAAACGAACCAGUACUAACAAUAUACAACCCUGAGAAUCCAACUGAGUUACACACGGACGCAAGUUCUAUAGGGUAUGGGGCAAUCCUUAUGCAGAAGAAGGAAGACUGCAGUUCGUUACAAGCGUCACGAAAGAAAUUGGAUCUCACACCACGAGUUCAUAGGUGGUGGGCUUUCUUGCAGGCAUUCGAUUUUGACAUUGUUCAUAGAGAUGGAAAGCGCAUGAGUCAUGCAGAUUUCUUCCCUAGAAAUCCUUUGCCUGAAGCUCAUCCGAAGACCUUCAAUAAAGUCGAGCAAAAGGAAGUUUAUACCAUAGAUCUUUCUGGAAAUUGGAAUAUGCUGACAGCUGCGGAAACAAGUAAAGAACGAUCAUGGCAGGAUGCAUUAUCUGAUGUUCAAUUAGCUCUGAACUAUGAUAUUGAACCGCAAAUUGACGUAGACGAGGUACGAAGUUUGGCUGUAGCAAAUAUGGACAAAAACGCCGAGUAUGAUAAAACUAGAUUCGAUCGGACAAAAGCGAAGGUUGACAAAUUCGUGAUUGGAGAUUUUGUAUUGCUUCAAAAUGAAGAAUGCAAUCAAACGAAGCUAGACCCUAAGUAUAAAGGACCGUUCAAAGUAGUCGACGUGCUUGACGGAGACAGAUACAUUCUCACAGCCCUUGAUUCGAAUAGAAGAUACAAAUACUCUCAUGACCGAUUAAAAAAAAUGCCCGAUACCAGCAUUGAAGUUGGCAUUCAAGAUUAA